GAAAGUAGGAGGGGCACGUAAACAGAGAGAAUUCCGAACAAAGAAGAGGUGAAUACACUUCAACUGAUAAAUCAAGUGCAUCAAGUCUACAGUCAUGCCGAUUCGUCGUUCAGCUGGGGCCCAACCCAAGGAAGACCCGAACCCAGCGCCAACACCUGAGAAAGACCCCAAAGCCAGCUCCGGGGAGGCCAGCUCUGAAGCAGAAGGACAAGAGGCACUGGCUCCCGCCACCCCAGAGGGAGAUGAGAGGGAUGGAGAGGGGGAGAAGUCUGCCGAAAAUGCGCCGGGCGGCAAAAGAGAGGGCGAGGAUGGAGAGAAACCAACCAAGGGGGAGAAAUCUGAGAGCGGCGGAGCAGAGGAACAGGGCAAAAAGAAGAAAAAGAAAGAUGGCAUAAAAAAAGAGGACGGAGCUGAAGACAAGGGUAAGAAGAUGAAGAGGACGAUCCCAGCUUGGGCCACAAUGUCGGCCAGUAAACUUGCCGUCACCCCAAAAACCGUCUCUCUGUCUCAACCCAAAGUUGAAGAGGUUCUCCUGGAUGCUAUUCAGAACUGCAAGGAGCGAACCGGUGCCUCCGUCUUCACAAUCAUGAAGUACGUAACGAAGAAGUACUCCACUAUGGAGAUGGACAAACGGACAAAAAGUCUGUAUAAGAGAGCGCUCAAGCGGCUGGUGGAGAAGGGCGCCGUCAAGCAGCUUAAAGGCAAAGGUUUCUCUGGAAGUUUUACUAUUGGGAAGGUACCUACCAACUCCAAGAAGCAGUCAGCCAUGGCAGGAGUGAAGGGAACACUGGGCGAAGCGCUGCCACUGAUAAUGACGCGUCUCUGUGAGCCCAAAGAGGCCUCCUACAUCCUCAUCAAGAAGUACCUUGAGCAACAUUUCCCCCAGCUCAACGUGGAGAACAGGCCUGAUGUGCUGAAGAAUUGCCUGCAGAGAGCCGUGGAGAAGGGCUACUUGGAACAGAUCACAGGGAAAGGAGCCUCCGGAACGUUCCAGCUGAAGAAGUCUGGGAAUAAGGUACUCUUGGGCGGCGGCCUCCUGGAAGAUGCCAUCGUUGCGGCCAUCACCGCCAUGAACGAGCCCAAGUGUUGUAGCAUUAGCACUUUGCGCAAGUUCCUCGUGGAGAGCUACAAGGACCAGAACAUCUAUCUGCUCUUGGCAAACCUGAAGAGAACCCUGCAGCGGUGUAAGAUGAUGGGCUGGAUGGAGCAGAUCACUGGUCAUGGGCUCAGUGGGACCUACCAACUCAGCUACCCUUAUUACCCCAGUCCAGGGGUGCUGAUUCCAGAAAUGAUGGAAAAACUCAAACAGAAAGAGGCAAAAAAGCUCCAGCAGCAGAAGAGGAGAACCCAGCAGGCAUCUGACAGCGAGGAAGAGUCUGAUGAAGAUGAGGAGGAAGACUCUGAGGACGAGGAGCCCCCCCCUCCUAAGAGAGCUCAGAAAAGGCCUGCACCGAAAGGGCGUCAGCCCCCACCCAGAAAGAAAGCCAAGCCUAGCAGUAGAAAGCCAGCCCGAGCCAAGAAGCCUGCUGCGCCGUCCAGGAAGCUCCCUGCAGCAGCUGCCAAAGCAGCAGCAGCGUCCAGGAAGGCGCCACCACCCCCUAAAGCCACGCCCAUUAAGAAAGCACCACCCCCUAAAGCCACGCCUGUCAAGAAAGCACCACCCGCUAAAGCCACACCCGUCAAGAAAGCGCCACCCGCUAAACCCACACCCGUCAAAAAAGCUGCACCCGCCCGCACGCCUAAAACCCCUGUUGUCAAAAAGAUGACCAGCAGGGUAUCCAAGCGAUCGCCGCCAAAGAAGUCACCGGCUAAGAAGCAGGCGGCGCCUUCUGCCGUGAAGUCUAAGACUGCGUCGCGAAAGUCUCUCCGGGCUAAGAAAUGAGCUCAGGGUCAGAGGCGGGCGAAUGGUCGACUGUAGCUCCUCAGACUGCAGUGUUUUUUGGAUUCGUUUACGGGCGUUUUAUUUGAGUAGUUCAUUGUUCUCUCAUUAGAUGAAAAUCAAGUGACUUUCCCCUUACAGUCAGUCUACUGUAGUCCUCCCAGGCAUCUCUAGGUUAUCUUGUUUUUUAUGACAAAGGUGUUGAGUGCUGAAAAUACUUUGUUUGCAUUGUUUUGGUUGCACCUUUUAGAAAUCUGUUGUUAGAUGGUGCCAUCCUAAUCUCUUGACCAUGCAAAGAGAUGAUUUCCAACUCAGUCAUCUUGGUAUAGAGACCUAAAUUUCAGUUAUCAUAGUCUAUGUUCAUUCAGGUUCAUAUUUCAAAGUGUUUGAGAAAAGUCUCCAUGGCAGUGUUCACAUUGUUAUAUCUAUAUUUCUUAAAGAAGAUUUAUGUCAUUUUGUGAAAUUACAUAGAAAUGUAAGAAAAUAGCAGUGAUUUGGUUGGCUCCUUUUGUGUGUUAAACUGAAGAUGGUAGAUAAUGUUACUGAUGACCGUGCCUAGCUUUUUGCAGACAGAGUAUGCCUAAAUCGGCCAAGAAGAAAUUGGGCCGAUAGGCCAUUCAUGCAGGAGACAAACUCUUUUUAGUUUUCAUUUUUGCUUUUGUUUACAGUAUAAUCUGAAGGUUGAUGUUUUAAAUAAUUCUCCUUUUGUGCAGUUAGAGAAAAAUUAAGGACAACUUUCCAAAAUAAAAAGACAACAGAAUACUAUAUGACCCCCAGUAACCCAGAGGUACAGUCAGGGAAUUUGACUUCAUGUGAUGAGCACUACACAUGACCUGCAUGUAUGUAACUGAUAUGCUUUUCUGUAGUCCUUAAUAAAGUGACUAUAUUUGUACUCUGAAA